AUGCAGGACGCUUGGACGACAGGAAAGGCCGAGGAGAUCCAAGGGUACUCGGACCGCAACUACUGGAUGAACUUCUUCACAGCGAUCAAGGCUGUCUACCGCCCGCCAGCCAUAGGUACUGAUGCUUAUCCCAGCGCCGACGGCAGUACCAUACUAACAGAGAAGAUACAAAUUCUACAGCGAUGGACCGAUCACUUUAGAGGCGUCCUCAAACGACCCUCUACCGCCUACGACACCGUCAACGCCCUUCUGCCUUAG